AUGGAUUUGGAUUCUUUCCUUUUACUGGCUCUUCUGAGCAUCGGGACGCUGCUCCAAGUGGACGCCUCAGAAAGUUUCACAGCCAAGUAUGGAGAGACUAUGGUGAUACCAUGCAACAGUGGCGCUCCAGCACCUGAAGAUCACUUCAAAUUCUAAGAGCACGGAAAUGGCAGUUCAGGGGUUAAAAUUUAAAAUCUAAAAAGAGUUCAAAAGGAGGAGGUGCGUCACAAAAAGACAACCAGAAAACGAAAGAGGGACCGAGACCAUGACGGCGGCCCGUCCACACCCAUCUCCAGCAGCGGCCAAGGGUAGCAAAGAAGCGUGGCCGCCCGCCUGCUGAGAAGCUCUCACCAAACCCUCUAUCCCUCACCAAAAAGAUGAAGAAGAUCGUUGAUGCGGUUAUCAAAUACAAAGACAGUAAUGGCCGACAGCUGAGCGAAGUCUUCAUCCAGCUGCCCUCGCGAAAGGAGCUGCCAGAGUACUAUGAGCUCAUUCGCAAACCUGUGGACUUCAGGAAGAUCAAGGCCAUAGGUCAUUGGCACACAAUUUUAUUUGUAAAUAGUUCAUUUUUUUUUUUAAGUUAAAAAAACCCUAACCCAAACCCCUAACCCUAAACCCUUACCCUAACCCUUAACCCUAACCCUAACCCCCUAACCCUAACCCUAGCCCCCUAACCCUAACCCCUAAUCCUAAACCCUAACCCUAACCCCUAACCCUAGCCUUAACCCUAACCCUAAAACGAGUUAAAUUAAAUACAUUAUUUUUAAAUAAAUAAAUACAUUUGUUAAUAAAUAUAUGUUGUAAAGUUCAUUAUUAUAUAGUAAAGGGUUAAAAGCAUAAAUAGCAUAAAUAGCAGUUAAGGGGUUAAAUCUUAAAAAUAUAAAAAAUGCACAUGACAAGAUUAAAAAACUAAGAAAUUCAUCAUAAUUAUUCGCCGGAGACUAUAAAAGGGGAGAAGUGGGUAGGGCUUAUUCAUUUUCAUUUAGACGCUUGAGGAGAGAAGACCGCAUAAUAUUCAGACAGCAGUUUAUUUUUUCAUUAUCUAACCAGCAUUUUCUUUUUUUUUUAUUACCGUGUGCCGGACCUGAGGAAGACCUACAAGAGGUCGAAAUGUUUAUAAAAGCAACAAAACGUUAUGUUGAGCUUGUGUUUGUAAAUUUGCGUACAUUUUAUGGCUAGAAAAUAAAUAUUGUUCAUUAACUUAAAAAAAAAAAAGUCUUGGGCACACAUAUAUUUUUGUAAAUAGUUCAUUUAUUUUUGAAAAAAAAGUUCAAAAGAACAAAAAAAUUUAAAAACAUUUAAAAAUCUUAAAAAAACUUAAAAACAUUAAAAAACUACAUAGAAACAGUUAAAAGCACAGUUUACUCACCUUUUAUUUUCCUUUUUUCAUCGUUUUAAGAAAACAAUCAAGUUUUUCUUUUAAGAAAGUUAAAAUUACAGUUAAGUUUCCCUUUGUUUCAAAGAUAGGUUUCCUUUCUUGAAAAAAAAUCAGUAUUUUACUUUAUUUUAUAUAAACAAAUUAAUACUUACUUUACCAUAGCCACUCCAAUAUGAGUGGCUACCAGGAUGGCUGGACGGAAGUCCGCUAUGGCAGAAGGGGCCAGCGCUUCCGCCAGCCCUUUAGGGACCGGAGGAACGUGUCCGGUUGGGGGAAGGCCAGUGCCUACCCCGCUCCCUAUGGGAGACGGGACACGGUCCCCUCACCUAACCCUAACCCUAACUCUUUUUUAACCUUCCAUUCAAAAUUACCAAGGGGGUGGGUCACCUCCAAAAUGCGUAUACCUAAACCCUAAACCCUUACCCUAACCCUAAACCCUAACCCUAACCCUAAAGCCAAACCCUAACCCUAACCUGUGGCCUGAAACGUGCUCCUAACACAAUUCUGGAAGGUGAAAAAUUGGGUCGGCAUUUAGAAAAAUUAUCUAAUUUUUUUUCCCAUGCAUUCCUAUGGGAAAAAAAUAAAUUUUUUUUAGGAACGUCCUAGAGACUCGGGAGUUGGUUCAUUGUACUCAGAAAAAUCCCCCCCCCCCCCCCCCCAGCAUGCAAGUUUCAGCGCUCUACGACCUUCCGUUCAAAAAUUACCAAGGGGGUGGGUCACCUCCAAACCCCCUAACCCUAACCCUAACCCUAGCCUGGGAUUCUAACCCUAACCUUGGGACUGACCCUAACCCUAACCCUAGUGAUCACUUUAAGCCUAACCUCAGGUAAAAUAUAAAUAUAUUAUUUAGAAUAAAAAACCAAACAGCAAUUAAAGGGUUAACAUUUUACAAACUAAAUAGAGCUGAAAAUAAAACAAAAUAUCCGAGAAAUUAAGUUAAUUAUUGGUCCAAAGGGUCUAAAAGGGAACAGGGAUAUUUCAUUUUAUUUUGGCUGCUUGCUGGGUCAACCCCUAUGAAUUGGGGCCCAGCAGCCUUUUAUUUUUUUGUGUGCAUAGAUCUGAUGAAGACCCAAGCUGGGUUGAAACGUCGUCGCGAUGCACACAGUAUGUACAUAGUUCAUGGUUGUUCAUGUACUGUUUGUUUGUUUGUUUGUUUGUUUGUGUGUUUGUGUAUAAAAACAGUUAAAAACCUUAAAAAAAUGGAUUAUUUAACAACAAUGAAUUACACAACACACUAAAACUAAUUUAAAAACAUUUAUUUAAAAACACAAGUAAGUGUUCUUUUGAGACCGGGGAAGCGUGUCCAAUGGGCGAAGGCCCGUGCAUUCCCCGCUCCCUGCAGACCCAAGCAGGGUAAAUCUAGAGGGAGACGGGAUUCAUUCCCCCAACCUAACCCCUAACCCUAAACCCUAAACCCUAACCAAAUCUCAGGCCGGUUCAUCAUUGGAAAAGACAAUGAACCGGCAUGUCAAAAGUGGCACAUACCCCUAUAUCCUAACCCUAACCCCUAACCCUAACCCUAACGUGCUUGUUGUUAAACCGUGCGCACAGGUAAGCUGUACUUCACUCUCGCCGUGUGGAUAAGAAGGAAACAUGGGGAAACUUCAGGAGUUUGAGAUCUCGUUUGAUAAAGACAAAGUGGUGUACAGUCCGGGAGAGUCUAUAUCCGAGACCGUGAAGACUAAACUGGCCCAGGCGCUGCAAUGUAAAGCUAUCAAAGUGAACUGCAAUGGUUUCUGUGGUAUUACCAGUAAAGUGAACGACACAGCCUGGACGAUGGAGGAGCAGUACUUCAACAGCACAGUCUCUGUUGCAGACAAAGGAACCCUGAAACUAGGAGAACGCCUGCAUGUCCAAUCCCUGUGCUAA